AUGCAGUACAAGAAUUCCGUUCUUUUCUUGACAGCCCUGUCUGUGGGCUCGGCUGUCGCUCGCCUCCACGGCCAUGACCGUCGCCAUGCCCACGCGAAGGUUGGAGAUGUUGCGCAGAACGAGGAGGCGCCGGUCGUCGCCCCGGCUGCAGAGAAGAUCGCAGACCUCGAGCAGCGAGAUGAGGUCUACGCCACCAUCGACGGUGUUCUCGAGUCCUGGAUCAACAAUUGGGCUGUUGAGGUUUCCACCACUUCGACCUCGACCUCGACCUCCAUCUAUGUUGCCCCAACCACCACCACUGCCCCUGUGGCCGUUUUCACUUCCAACCCAGCUGUCGAAUCCACCGUCACUCCCGUUCCCACCAGCUCCCCCAGUGGAGGAAACUGGUACGAGACCCCCUCCGACGGCGAGUACUCUCGCUCUGGAUUCGGUGGUUCCACCGCCAGCCAGUCCACCGGAUCCCUCGACUGGGAUUACAUCGGCAACGUCGGUAGCCCUUGGGGAAGCAACAUCAUCCAGAUCUCCGAGGACGUCGCCAACCAGUACAAGCACGUUCUCCGCUUCGAGGGCAGCAGCUCCAGCUCUCAGACCGUCGUCUUCUGGAACACAUACGGCCCCAACGGCAAGAUGGACGGUUUCUGGAGUCCCAACAAGGCUCUCGAGUUUGACGUGCCGGCCAAUGGCGUUGCUUAUGUUGCCAUCGAUGACAACUCCCAGGGUGGUUGGGCUGCUGGCUCUGACUCUGUUCCUCUUUCCGGCAUCGGUGAAUACGCUGGUACCUGGGGUGAGUUCGACAUGAGCAGUGAGAAGAACGACGGAUACUCCGGCUGGGAUGUUUCCUCCAUCAUUGCCCAGCUGGCCGGUCUAGACGUUCAGGGUAUGAGAAUCUGCAACCACGAGGGUGAGAUGUGCUCCAGCAUUGCCACUGGCCUUGCCAGUCUUGUCAAUGCCUACACCAGUGCUGAUCAGGGUAACCCUUCUCUGGCUGUUUCUCAAGCCGAGGGCCCAGUCCGCUUGGUUGUCAACCUCGACUGGUCUUGA